AUGUGCUAUGGCUAUGCAGGCUAUAUGUUCUAUGGCUAUGCAGGCUAUAUGUGCUAUGGCUAUGCAGGCUAUAUGUUCUAUGGCUAUGCAGGCUAUAUGUGCUAUGGCUAUGCAGGCUAUAUGUGCUAUGGCUAUGCAGGCUAUAUGUUCUAUGGCUAUGCAGGCUAUAUGUGCUAUGGCUAUGCAGGCUAUAUGUGCUAUGGCUAUGCAGGCUAUAUGUGUUAUGGCUAUGCAGGCUAUAUGUGUUAUGGCAAUGCAGGCUAUAUGUGCUAUGGCUAUGCAGGCUAUAUGUUCUAUGGCUAUGCAACUAACUAUGGCUAA